AAAAUGGUCCAUCCAGUUUUUCUUGGCGCUAGAAAAAGUCAUCUCUUUCUACGGCUCAUCACCGCUCUUUACGCUUAACCGUCCUUCAAAUCUUUUGAUCAAAACUUCUCCCACACAUUUCAAACGCCAUUUCUAAACUCACUCCCAAAGUCGUAACUCCCGAAACUUCGAGUACCCAUGGAUCAACAACCUUCUAUUCCUAAGUCGGCGGAUAUUAUUGACCGCAACAAGCGGGAACUUCCGGCCCAGGCGACCGACCCGAAGCCCAAUCUGAGCCCAGGACCCGCCGACACCGACGAGACAACCAAUGGAGAGGCCAAUGAUAACUGGCAACUUAUAGAAAUGGGAUCCGAGUCUCAUGCAGUUGACGCUCAAGCUGAAACCCAGAAUAUGAACCACACAGAAAAGUCCACCAAUCAGACGGAAUCGUUGCCUACGGUAUCGAAAUCUGUCCACUGGAGCACUGACUUGGUAACCGAAUCGCACGCUUCGAAUACUCGUAAUUACGAUUAUAACAUGUCUGAUCGUGACGGAUCCAAUCCUUAUGUUUCUCACAGUCCGGCUGUACAGUCCUCUUCAUUUUCUUUUAAAGAUACGAUGGUGAAUGUGAAAGACAUGCUCGGGCGCUGGAGUAAGAGAGUUGGAGAAGCAACGAGAAAAGCUGAGGAUCUAGCGGGAAACACAUGGCAGCAUUUGAAAACAUCUCCAAGUUUUGCUGAUGCUGCAAUAGGAAGACUAGCACAGGGAACAAAAGUUCUGGCAGAAGGUGGUUAUGAGAAUAUUUUUAGACAAACUUUUGAGACUGUUCCUGAGGAGCAACUUUAAAAUUCAUAUGCGUGUUACUUAUCCACAUCAGCUGGUCCAGUGAUGGGAAUCUUAUAUGUAUCUACAGCAAAGCUUGCAUUCUGUAGUGACAACCCGCUUUCUUAUAAAUCUGGUAGUCAAAUGGAAUGGAGCUAUUAUAAGGUAGUUAUUCCAUUACAUCAGCUUAGAGCUAUCAAUCCUUCAGCAAGCAGAGACAAUCCUGCCGAGAAAUAUAUACAGGUUAUAUCUGUUGAUAAUCAUGAGUUUUGGUUCAUGGGCUUUUUAAACUACAAUGGUGCUGUGGAGUUCCUGCAGGGAACUUUGGAGACCUGCAAUGUGGAGUCUGCCUGAUACUUGAUUUGGCUCAAGCUUUUAGACUGCUGUAAGAUGUUCUUCAUUCAAUCACCAACUUUCUAUCCAUGUUGCUGAAAGGGCUUGCAGCUCAUAUUUAGAAAUUAAACUAGGUAAUUGUAGAAAUUAUGUCUGGAAUAUUUUUGGGAAGGAGCAGGUAGAAAAUUUCAUGCUUUUAUUUUGUUCAUAUGGUUGUAAUUUUUGCCUUCAACUUUUUCGGGAAGCUUUAUACUGUAUUAAAUCUUUAAUGAAUCCAGUGAAAUUUACAUUUGUUUCCCGAUUGGGUAA